AAACAAAAAGCAGUGUUAUUUUGCGACUGCUGUGUGGUUGUGGUCGCUCGCAGCUCUAUCAAAUUUUGACUGGUUCACGGUGCACGCUCUCUUGCGCGUUCCGAUUUUUCUCGACGCAGUCGUACAGCCCGGAAGAGCGAGUGGCAGCGUGAUUAGUGGGCUGACCCGUUGCCCCGUGUUAUGGCACCGAGCAGGAGCCGUGCCAGCGACGCUGAAGAGGCUGAAGAGCUCGUCAGCUGAUCGGCAGCCUUGGACGUGAGAGCCAUGGCCGGCCUGCAGACGGCGUACCGGGCCCUGCCGGCCUACGACCAGGAGGUGGACACCCCGCCUCAGGAGAGCAGCUUCCUCAUCCACACAGUGCCGGACAGCUCCCGCACACGAUGGAACCACGUUGAAGACCUGGACUCCUUCUUCACAAGAGUCUACCAGUACCACCAGAAGCAUGGCCUCACCUGUAUGGUGCUGUACGAGGUCCUGGAGCUGCUGCAGUUCCUGUUUGUGGUGCUGUUCACGACGUACCUGGUGCAGUGCGUGGACUACCCCGUGCUCUUCAAGGACCGGCUGCCCGCCCACAACUCCACCAAGGUCACCCUGGGGGACGUCCUCGUGCCCCUGGGACGCUGCACUUCCAGGCUAAGUCCCUCGGUGGUCCUCUUCCUGGUGGUGGCCUUUGUGUUCUGGACCCUGCGUGCGGUCAAGGUGGCCUUCCAGCUGCUACAGUUCGUCGAGAUCCGGGCCUUCUACCUCAACGCCCUGCACAUCUCCUCGAACGACCUGGACAACAUGACAUGGCACGAGGUGCAGCGGCGACUGUUGGACGUGCAGAAGGACCAGCAGAUGUGCAUUCACAAGACGGAGCUCACCGAACUCGACAUAUACCAUCGCAUCCUGCGCUACAAGAACUACAUGGUGGCCAUGGUGAACAAGGAGGUACUGCCGUUGCGCUUCACCUUGCCCCUGCUGGGAGAAGUGAUUUUCCUGACGCACGGCCUCAAGUUCAACCUGCAAGUCAUCCUUUUCUGGGGACCGUGGGCUCCCUUCGAGAACAACUGGCACCUGAAGGAGGAGUACAAGCGGGGCACUCACCGGGAGACCCUGGCCAAUGAGCUCUCCAAGCACAUCCUCUGGGUGGGCCUGGCCAACCUUGUGUUCCUGCCAGUGAUCCUGGUCUGGCAGGUGCUGUACUCCUUCUUCAGCUACGCAGACAUCAUCAAGCGAGAGCCGGGCUUCCUGGGCUCCCGCAUGUGGUCCCUCUACGGCCGCCUCUACCUCCGACACUUCAACGAGCUGGACCACGAGCUCAACACCAGGUUGUGCCGGGGCUACAGGCCAGCCUCGCAGUACAUGGGCAUCUUCACCUCCCACCUGAUGAACGUGCUUGCCAAGAACGCGGCAUUCUUCGCGGGCUCCAUCCUGGCGGUGCUGUUGGCGCUCACGGUGUACGACGAGGAUGUACUCACCGUCGAGCACGUGCUGAGCAUCAUCACGGUGCUGGGCAUGAUCGUCGCCGUGUGCCGCGCCAUCAUCCCGGACGAGCACCUGGUGUGGUGCCCCGAGCGCCUGAUGACCAACAUCCUGGCCCAAGUGCACUACAUGCCGGACCACUGGAAGGGCCAGUGCCACACCUACGCUGUCAGGGACGAGUUUGCACACCUGUUCCAGUACAAGGCGGUGCACCUGCUGGAGGAGCUGCUGAGUCCCCUGGUGACCCCCUUGGUGCUGUGCUGCGUGCUGCGCCACCGCGCCCCCGAGAUCGUCGACUUCCUGCGCAACUUCACCGUGGAGGUGGUCGGGGUCGGGGACGUCUGCUCCUUCGCCCAGAUGGACAUCCGCAGGCACGGCUGCCCGCAGUGGACGGCCCCGGACGCCGUGCAGGAGGCCGGAGACGCCAGCCCGCAGCAGCAGGCCCAGCACGGCAAGACGGAGCUGUCACUCAUGCACUUCACCCUGACCAACCCUAACUGGGUGCCCCCCGGGGAGUCUACGGCCUUCCUCAGCCAGCUCAAGGAGCAGGUGAACAAGGACGCUGCCCGGCUGCCCACCUUCCGGGAGGACAACCCGCUCUACUACUCCCUCAACUCCCUGUCGUCCCUCGGCGUAGGGUACUCUAGUCUGGCGGCGAGCAUCCUGCGGCCGCCCGGAGACGCUCUGUCGCACAGCCAGGCCGGGGGUCUUGCUGCGGAGCCCGUGCGGGGCGGCCUCUCGCACACUGAGGGGCCCCUGGGGGUCCUGCCCAGCCAGGGGGGGCUGCUGGCCAGCCUUCACGCCCUGAACGACCCGUGCGGUGCCCCGGGGUCCAACGGGGAGGCCUCCCUGGAGUCGACCGUAACCCACAUGAGCUUCAGCACCCUGUACAUGCACGAGCUGCACCAGCGGCAGCUAAAGCGGUCCGCCUGCCCGGAGGAGGCCCAGUCGCGCCUGGUGUGGCAGCAGCGACCGCCGGGGGACCUGCCCCACAUCCCGGAGUCUCCCCAGGAGGGGGACGAGGGGCGCCCGCUCCUCCCCCCCACCACCGGUCCCUGACAGACAACAGUGCAGCUGUAACGGAACUCCGGAGCGAGUGUAGGGCCUCCGAGGGCGGCUUCCAGGCGAGGGUGACCGCCAGCGACCAGGCCGUCCUCCGGGGCGUCCUCUGGUGCGUGCUGCUGGGAAGCGGACCUCGACCGCUCUCGGGGCUGCCACGUGCUCAGGGACGACCAGCUGCCCUCAACGGUUCGACCGACGGGUGCCGCGGCUCGUCCGGUGGGGCCGUCGUGUCACACCGGGCAACUUCUUAAUUUUAACUGGAUGGUGCUAAUAUCAUUUGAAGACUGUACAAUAUGACUGCGGCGAGGAGGCCCGUCAGGACACACGUGAGACUGUGCCUCCGAGCCUGCUGCGCGGCGAGACGUCGUGGACGGUCGGGAGUGCGAGGCGUCUCUCCCGCGACCACUGCGAGACAUUGCGCCCGUUCCGGGGCUAAAUUUCUAGACGACCUGUUUUAUUGACACAUUCGGGCACAUGAAAGUGCCGUCGACAAAACCCGAGUUGCAACAUCACGCUCGGGGAGAGCUGGCUGCGUCUGCAACGGACUCGACGCUGCAUCCAACGGAAAGACGCAAGAGCCACGUCUUAACGUGCAGGACGGGUUCCGUGAUGCGUGGAUGAUGCUACCGAACCAAAGAGCGGUAUUCCUCGGGUUCAGACCUCGCUCGUCGCAUCCAUGUGCAAUGUCUAGAAAGGUUUUAAUUUUGCUUCCGUCGCGCCUGUACCUGGACAGGGGCAAGCGCGAGCUUCUUUCUCUAGGCUUUCUUUAUGCGGAUACCAGGAUUAAGCUGUCCCUGCAGUGGUGUAGCUAGGCCAUCCGGCACUCGGGUCGCUUAUGUCUUUCGUAGCUCCCCUUCCCCUCUUCAAGAUCGCAACCAACCAACGAAGAGGGGGGGGACUAGGAAAGACAAGCAACUCGGUGCCGGAUGGCCUAGCUAUGCCCCGUCAUCCCCCCCUCCCCCACGUGACUGGGAUGUUUUGCACCCAUGAAAACCCCCGCCCCCACUCUCCCCGUUGCUACGCCACUGCGUCCCUGUGCACUCCUGGGUGGGCGGAAACUGUUCGGGAGUGCGUGCUUUUAUAUCCACAUUCCUUUCUCCCCAUGUAUUAUACUAUUAUUGUCUGCGUGCGAAUGAUGCUGAAAGUAAGUUAAGACAGUGUUGUUGGAAGCGUGAUGCCAAGCGGCUUUGCCGAAAAUAAAUGCUGAAAGCUAUCUUCUGCCUA